AUGGGGGAUGACUCUCAAUUGGAACCACCACCUGCCUGCCAUUGUACCAAUUGUAAAAUGCAUUUACGUAAACCUGUGGAACGCAGCAGUUUUCUGAUGCUAAGAAAAUUGCGGCAAGUGCUCACCGCGAUCGAUCACACAACUGACCAGAUUUUUGAGGAACUGGAAGAUUAUGUGGCAAGGAAAACCAUUUCAUCGGAUGUGGACUAUAUGCCGGAGUGUUUGAAUGCCUUGGAUAUGGUGCGUGGGCGUCUGGAGAAAAUGAAAUUUUAUGUAAAUGAUUAUACGAUCAAUUUAGGUCGUUCGGUCUGCAGUAGUGAUCCCUUGCAGAAGGUACUCUUUGCCGAUUAUUUCUCAUCGCCCACGAAGAAUACGCUGCUGAUCUAUACCUAUUUGGAUGUACCGAAGGCCAAGAUAAGGGAUGGUUGGCUGAGUGAUCCUUUCGAGUUGAGAGCCAGUGAUGGUUUACUCUAUGGUCGUGGUGUCUCGACGGGUAAGGGCAUGACCGUCUGUUGGCUAAACGCCAUUGAAUGUUGGCUAAAGGAACAUCAAGAUUUGCCCAUAAAUGUAAAGAUUAUAGUCGAAACUCUGCAUGAGAUGGGCAGCACUGGGCUGCAGCAAUAUAUGGACAUAAAAAAGGAGUUCUUUCUGGAUGUGGACGUAAUAGUCUUUGGCAACAAUUCGUGGAUCAACGAUGAGAGCCCCGUACUAAGUUGCAGUCUUGCAGGUUGGGCCACCUUUGGGAUGGAAUUGUGUGGCGGAGACAAGCAUUUAGAGGGUCUUGCUGGUGGUUUGGUCUAUGAACCCAUGAUCGAUGUCUGCCAAUUGAUGGACAGUUUGGUAGAUAAUCGUCAAGAGUUACGCAUAAGCCAAAUUAAUCAAAUGGUCAAGCCCUUAUCGCACCACGAAUGGGAACUCUUGGAAACGGCUAGCUUCAGUGAAUACGACUACAAGGAAAAACUGGGCAUACGACGUCUUCGCUAUGAACUGGGCAAGGCUGAGCUAUUGCAGCAACGUUGGUGUCACUCGAAUAUCACAAUGCAUGGCAUUGAGAAUUGUUUUAGUCGUCCUGGCUCAUCGACCAUGCUGCCAAUGACUGUUAUGGCAAAAUUUACCAUCAAACUUGUACCCGAUCAGGUGGUCCAGCAGGUGCAUGCCCAUGUCGAAGAUUAUUUAUAUAGCAAACACGAAGAGCUAAAAAUGGGUACAACACUGCGAACUUAUGUUUUGGACUCUUGUGAUUCAUUUAGCUGGCCUUUUGAUAACCGAUUCACAAAAUCCACGAUUAGGGCCAUUGAAAAUGUAUUUCAUUUCAGACCAGAGCUAACAUCGGGCAUUGUCACCUGCCUGCCCAUAGCAAGUCUCUUUCGCAAACAUGUUAACAAGCCCAUCAUACUUUUGCCCUACACUCAACGGAUGGAUUGUUCUGAUGUCAUUAAUGAGUCCAUACCGGCUCAGUGUUUUGUGAAUUAUGUGAAAACCUGUGCCUCUCUCAUGCACGAACUGUCAAUGUUGUCAGCGAAAUGUAAAUGUGAUUUGAUCUACGAGUACUGCAAUCGUCGAGGUAACGCUGAAAUUUUGGAAGCUGCUCGGUCAACUAUGGGGCCAUCUGGCACACGUAAAAAUAUAAUAUUACAAAUACCAAAGUUAUCACAAUCCAACGACAAAAGACGCGAUGAAACAGAAAACCCACUGAAAAAGUUUCUGUGCAUGCCAUUUAGGCGCAAGAAGAAAGAUCAAGAAACACCCGGUGGUUCGAAUGAGAGAUUUUAA